AUGUCGCACGAGUCGAACGACGGAGGCGCCGAUGAAACGGCGCGUGUGAGAGUGAAGGAACAAAAGUUCAGCGAGAGGUGGGCAGAGGCUCUCCACCUCAACUCCUCCUACGACUCUAUGAGCUUACGCUCUCAUUCGGCUCGCACAUUACUCGUGACUGCUCUGCUUUCCUUCCCUGCAGGCAUGCUAAUGCUAGUGCUGCAGAAUCUCCCCCAGACUCGAUUUAGGGUCAGAAUCCAGGGGCACACCCUCGAUCGACAGGGCUCCACACGCGGUGGGCUUGACUUCCGGCAUUUUGAUUAUUCUUCCUCUUCCCCUGGAGAGCACGUUGACCUCGAGGGGCCCUGGAAACCUCCCCCAACUUCCCAUGGAUUCCUCCUCGAUCUGCUCGCCCCCAAAGAUGCGAAGCCCCAGCCGUUCGGAAUGACGUCCGCAUUCCUGGCGUCCACCGAUGAACGGUCGAGGUUUACCGCCGAGACGACUCUUGCAGAUGAGGACGCGCUCACCGGACAGCAUGUUGCCGCGCUGGUCUACCCAAUUGUGGAUGAGGUGGGUGCGAUCUACACAGGCAGCAGGCCAUCCGAAUGA